ACCCGUUGAGCACAACUUCUCCUGUACCUAUUUUCCUAAUAUCUACGAUUACCUCUGUGUGAGGCCCUUUACAGUUCCACACUCCCCAGUUAUAUCUACUUUCCCACCGCAGAUACUGGGCAUAAAUCCCCUCUGUACCAGAAAGGACCCUGCGUCGCAAUCGCAACAUCGUCAACUAUGUCCUCAGCCGUUGACGAGGAAGCCACCAUUUCCAUCCCGAGCCUUGCCUUUGUCGCCGUGCUUGGAUACUUCAUCUAUCGCUACUUCUUCUCCUCCCGCCCAGGCGCCGCCGAUGGCGGCUCUCAAACAUCGUCCACUACCUCCAGAAACGCUACUCCUGGGAUUCGUUUCACGCCUGCACAGGUUGACCAGAUAGCUCAGAUGUUCCCGCAAUUAAAUCGCAGGGAUAUAAUGUGGGAUUUGCAUCGCAACAGAGGCAGUGUGCAGGCGACAACGGAGAGGGUGCUGACGGGGAGAGGACUGGAUCCGGCUCCGCCUUCGUUUCAACCGCCCCCUUCAUACAUGGCCACAUCCUCUGAAUCAACUACCGCCCCCAGUGUAUUAACACCCUUCAAAAAACCCCCGCCGCCGGAUUUGAUCACGCGGUACAAUUUACAGGCAAAAGUAAACUCAAAGGGAAAAGAGAGAGAAGAAGAGUCACCGCCACCAGGAUGGACCAGCAAUAAAGAGGAGCGACAGAGGAUGCUCCAGAGACGGCGAGAAGAAAUGAUUCUCGCAGCUCGAAGGAAGAUGCAGGAAAAAGAUGCAGGAAACGAAAGUCCUCCAUCUUAGCCGUAACUCGAAAUCUUGCGCAGGCGCUCUAGGACUGAUGAUUGAUCCACUUUGGUUACGAGCUCGAAUGAAUUUGCCCGAUGUCUAUACCGAAAUCAAUGGUCAUAUUCCUCACGCUCAUGGAAAAUCAUUUUAUGUCAUUUCAUCGUCUUCGUCGUCUUCGUCGUUAUACCUCCGGUCCUCCCUCUCUUCCUCUUCUCUUUCUCUCCUCUCCUGCUCUCUGCUGGCAUCGAUCUUCCUCAAGCCAUCGACAACGCCUGUAAUAAAUCCUCUAGAUUCAGAGAGCUCCAUAGCGCCUAUACCGUCAA